GAAAUGAUUUCGUUACAAUUGUUUUUAAUGAAUCUGGACACAAUUAUAAGUUUGAUACGAUACCAAGUCAUUUCAAUUAUAUCAAUAUUGUAAUUUCUCCACAUUCUCAAAGACACCUCUCACAACCUCUUAAUUCACCCACAAACAAUACUUACACUUUCUAUAAAGUUACUAUGCAACGUCGUACCGAUAUGCCAGAAAUUGGACCCAUUACGGAAUUUAAAAUGAUAUCGGCCUCAGCUUUAUCAGCAUUUGUUUUAGCAAUAGCAUUACAUGCAAAUAUAUUUUCACAAGUAUUUCUACAAAGUGGCGGAUCAAAAAAAGUUGAAUAUGUAACAAAUUGGAGAGAUCGUCUAAGGCAGAUCAAGAGAUUAAAAGAACGAUUCAAAUCGACAAAUAAUUCGAAUACCAAUUCUGGAAAUGUUG